AUGUGUACUUACAAACUCAUACAUAAAAAUAAUAACAACAGUACAUAAUAAUAAUCCAUAAUUUAAAAUAGUGGGGAUGAAAAGUUUAGACAGCAGUGGGGAGAAAAGUCAUGAUCCAACACCGUCACCAUCACCACUACUGCAACACACGAGUUCUCUUGUUCUUUGUUGUGUUAUAAACACUCCAGUAUCUAACUUAGUAAUUAUAAAUAACAUCAUUAUUUACAACCAUACGUCAUUAAUUAACAAUUAAAUCAAAUUAACAAAUUAAUAACCAAGUAUCAAUAGUUUUAAAAAAUAACUGACGAAAAAUCAAAACAAUCAAGAUGGCUGAUCCAAGUGGUGAAGCAUCGUCGUCGAGUAGUGUCUCGGAGCCAACUAUACGUGAGGAAAUUGAAAAAACAAAUGAGGAUUUUAUAGAACCAGAUCAAAAAAGACGUAAAUUACUCGUUAAACAUGACGGGAAAAGUGAACAGAAACUCGAACAUCGUCUUGGAGGAAUUCUUUGCUGCGCUGUCUGUCUUGAUCUCCCGAGAUCUGCAGUUUACCAGUGCACCAAUGGACACUUGAUGUGCGCUGGAUGUUUCACUCACGUACUCGCAGACGCGAGAUUACGAGACGAGUUGGCAACUUGUCCUAACUGCAGAAUUGAGAUAAGCAAAACAUCAGCAUCGAGGAAUCUUGCUGUUGAGAAGGCUGUCUCAGAGUUGCCGGCAGAAUGCCAAUUUUGUGCUAAAGAAUUCCCGAGAAAUUCGUUGGAACGUCAUGAGGAUAAUAUGUGUGAAGAAAGAAUAUCCAGCUGCAAGUACAGCAGAAUCGGGUGCCCAUGGCGAGGUCCGAAUCACGAACGUGCCGAGCACGAGGCGCACUGCGUCCACCCGCACCGUACUGGCGCCGAUGUGAUGGAAGCACUGCGUGACAUAGACGCCCGCACCCUCGAGGAACGCAAACACUAUGACAAUAUUUUUGAUCUUCUGUCUUACGAAAAAAUCACAUUCAACGACUUGCAAAUGAAGCCAUACCGUACCGACGAGUUUGUACACAAAUUAUUCUAUGAAACAUCACGGUUCUCGGCAUUUAAUCAUCAAUGGGUUGUAAAAGCUAGAAUUAAUAAUAGCCAGAGAGAUCCAACACAAAGUUCUGAACGUGAUAUGACUUAUCAAUUGAUAUUAAAAACAAAGACAACAUAUCCAUUGGCGCUCCACUAUUUAAUUUUAAAAGGACCUUUUGGUGAUAUGAAAGUACAGCCACGUAUUCAUCGAUUUGAUUUUACUGAGCAAGAUAAUGAAAGCCCGUAUUUACCGUUGCCAUUACCGGAUACCGCGGAAUGCAACAGACUUCUAGCAGCUAAAGCAAUAAGUUUCCGGCUCAUUAUGUUCCUGGCGUCCAAGUAGUUGCUGCUGAAUAUUGCAAUCAAGAUCCUGCCGAGAAAUAAAAUUAUAUAUAUUUAUCUUUUAAUCUUUUAAGAUUAUCAUAGAACUCGGUUACUUGCAAUUAACUUGAAAUUAUUCUUUCGUUUUCAUUUUUUUUAAAUAUUUAAAAUACUUGUGAAUCCUAUUCAUUUAUAUAUUUAAAUAUAUAUAUAAUUAUAAUCAUUAAAUGUUUAUUUUUUAAAGUAGACUGAAAAAUAAGAGUAUCUUAUAGUUUAGUCAUUAUUAUUAUUAUUAAUUAUUAUUAUUAUUAUUUUUAUUAUCAUGAACAAUAAAUAAUACAGUUAUUUUUUAAAUUAUUUUUAUUUGUAAAUGAGGCUUUA